CUCCUUCUGUCAGAGAGAGGUAAUGAACAAAGACUGUAAAGAGAAGAAAACCACUUUUUUAGCAUUACUGUAGGUUAGGUUCAUGUAAGUAACAUUUAUUCCAUGCCUUUUUGAACCGUUUCUUUUAGGCUGUCAAUUUUGAAAUUCCCACACAUAUAAAAAGUGUGUGCGACAAAAAAGGAAAAAAUACAGCUAGGAGGUUUUGAUACGACUGUCGUUAAGCUAGUUCAGACGUGCAGUGGGUGAAGCUGCUGUGGUCGUGGGAACAGCAGUUUCUCAUGUGUACUAGGCUCGAUCAGACACUGCUGUAUGAGCUUAGAGCUGAUCUGCGGAUUUGAGUAAACACAACGUCUUCAUAGAAAAGCCAUGGCCGUGGCAUAUGCUUUGGUGAUGGUUGUUCUUCUUCAGUUUGUGGGACAGCCAUGUACAGCAGUUCAAGCACCAGUUUGCCAGCCGAAGGCCUCAUGCUCUGAAUGUUUGAGGAGUCCAGGGUGUGCGUGGUGUAAACAGCGGGAGUUCCUGAAGCAUGGAGAGUCUACUGAGCGCAGGUGUGACUCUUUUGAGUUACUGCAGAGCAGGAAAUGCAAUGAUGUAGUUAACCCUGCUGCAGACAAGUUUAUCUCGAAGGACAACAAACUUAACAGCAAACUAGAAGAUGUGGUCCAACUCAAACCACAAGGCAUCAAUAUCACACUCAGAAUUGGUAUGCCAGAGGAAUUCGAGGUGGAAUUUCAGAGGGCUGAAGGUUACCCCAUAGACAUGUACUACUUGAUGGACCUGAGCUACUCCAUGAAGGACGAUCUAGAGAAUAUUAAAAAUUUGGGCCAGGACAUUUUAAAAGAGCUCCAGAAGGUCACUCAGAGUGUCCGUAUUGGUUUUGGCUCAUUCGUGGACAAGGACAAGUUGCCGUACGUUAGCCAAGUGAAGUCCAGGCAUCAGAACCCCUGCCCCAACCGUCUGGACACCUGCGAGCCUGCCUUCACCUUCAAGAAUGUUCUACCACUGACAGAAGAUGCUAGACAGUUCAAGAAGAAAGUCAGUGCGCAAAAGAUAUCUGGUAACCUGGACUCACCCGAAGCUGGCCUGGACGCCAUCAUGCAGGCCGCUGUGUGCCAGAAAGAGAUCGAAUGGAGGGAUGUGACACGGAUUCUGGUCUACACAUCUGAUGACACGUUCCACAUUGCAGGAGAUGGACGGCUCGCUGGCAUUUUUCAGCCACAUGAUGGACGGUGUCACCUAAGCCGUGAUGGUUUCUAUGAUGGCACAGCUUUUGAUUAUCCAUCAAUAGGCCAUCUCUCACGAGUUCUUCAAGCUAACAACAUUCAGCUGAUAUUUGCUGUGACGAAGGAGAGUGUUCCAGCCUAUGAGGCCCUGAGUGCAUUAAUUCCUCAGUCAGUGGUUGGUGAGCUGAAGAAUGACUCCAGUAACGUGGUCCGGCUCAUCGCUGAAGCCUACGGGAACCUGUCAUCCACUCUGCUGCUGGAACAGGACCACACCCCUGCUGGCCUGCAUAUCUCCUACAUGUCCUACUGUAGCCCUGAAAAACCCAGUGAGUGGCAGCAUAGGGGAGAGUGUACUGGCAUCAAGGUCAACGAAAAGGUGGCGUUCAAAGUCCGACUGAACGCGACAGAGUGUCUGAAGGAGCCUCAGAAGUUUGAGAUUCGAAUGCAGGGCAUCAAAGAGGUCCUGAAGGUGACAGUCAAGACACUGUGUGAUUGUAAUUGUAACGAUAAGCAGGAGAAUUCAGAAGUCUGUAAAGGACAAGGAACACUCAGCUGUGGAGUCUGCAGUUGUAAUGAAGGUCACUUGGGUCAGUACUGUGAGUGUAAGCGUCAGAGUGAUAUGAACUCCACACAUGCCAUACUGAAGAACUGUCGUGCAAACGAGAAGUCCCAGGUGUGCAGUGGCCACGGAAGCUGUGAGUGUGGCGAGUGCAGGUGCAUUCGCCAUUUUAGUGGCAAAUUUUGUGAGUGUGAUGACGCCAGCUGUGAGCACCAUAACAGCAAAAUGUGCAAUGGGCAAGGCACAUGUGAAUGUGGCAACUGUACGUGCAAUGAAAACUACUCAGGCCCUGCAUGUCAAUGCUCUACAGACACAGCUAUGUGUCUGAAUAAGAAUGGGCAAAAGUGUAGUGGCCAUGGGGAGUGUGAGUGUAACCAGUGUAAGUGUAGAGACGGUUUUGGGGGAAAGGAUUGCUCCCAGCUCCUCAAACCAUGCCCAACAUAUCUACCCUGUGUUGACUGUACAGUUAAGGCCAAGCUUUACAGUUCUCCUACUAAUAACUGCUCUGUGGUGUGUGAGUCAGUUAAGCUGACCCGGCUAGAAGGCAAACAUGAUCUGCAGUGUUUACAUGAUGAUGUCAUUUAUGACGUGACGCAGAAUGAUGACGGCACAGUGUUGAUUCAGUACGCCGAUCUGCCACGAAGCAUUGAUAAGACCAUGGUGGCCAUCGUCACCUCAGUAACAGCUAUUGUUCUGAUUGGCAUCGUCAUCAUCAUCGUCUAUAGAGUGCUGGUGGAGCUGUAUGAUCUGCGGGAAUACCGUAGCUUCGUCAAGGCACAGGCGCAAACUGAGUGGGAAGAGGUCUGUCUGUCAGACCAAUCAGAAUCCACUGUUCCAGGGAGCCACAACAACAGUGUUGAACCCUCUGCAUACACAAGGCUGUUAAAGCAUCACAACUGCAAAGAAGGAACUGCAGUACAUCAGUGUAGUCAAAGUAUUAUGAUUGUAUUUGAUAUAUUUUAUCUUAUACAUAAAUAAUAUAACACUUUCUAACAGUGAUUAAGUAACAGAGUAGUAUGUGGACUGUAUAUUUUCAUAAACAUAAAUUAUUAUAUUUAGUGACAUUUUUAAGGUCGCAAUCGGAAGUUUGAAAUGUUAGGUUACAAAUUUGAAUGUACAUGGUCUUAAGCUCAGAGCACUGAAGAUGUCUAUGUAUAUGUCUAUGUUAUAUCAAAUGUUCAUAAAAGCAAACAAGUAUGCUCUGAGUAUCUUUCCUUUCUUUUGCUGAUUAUCAUUGUAUUUGUCAUAUGCCUUUAGACCCCAGUACAUUAGUUUUAUCUGAUUAUCUCUGAUUUUUCAAAAUGUGUAGGCAUAUAUUUUUUACAAAAUCCUUUUAUCCUUUCUUAUAUUUGUGUGUUGACUAAUGUGUGUUUAUAUCUAUGAAAAUAAUGUUAAGUAUGUCUGUACAUAUGACUUUUGUACAGCAUAAGAACAAAUGCAUGAAGGACGUAGAAAUGUAUUAGUGAAUAGUUUAUGUUUAUUACAAUGUUUAUUUUUAUGCUAAGGCUUAAUACACCCACUGUUUACUACAAUUUAAUCAGGUCCAAGGACAGGACUCCUGUUAAUACAUUCCAGUUACAUAGACUGAAGUGUGAAAAUGAGACCAGUCUUCCUCAGUCAGUAUUAGUAUUUAACCAGUGAAAAGAUACUUGGUCCCUGCAAAGUCUCAGAGAAACAAAGGAUGAAUUCAAGUAUCGAGAGACUUGAGUGUGAAUUUGAAGAAAUGGUAUUGCUGUAAGUGUGCUGAAUGUCUAUAAAAGUUAUUAAGAUGCAAGUGUGCUGAAUAUGAAUAAAUGUUUUUAAUGGAUAAAA